AAAUGGCUGAUUGGCAUUAUCAAACUUCAGAACGAAUUACCGCCCCUCUUGCAGCUGAGAUUGUAAAUCAACAACCUUCUUACUCCGUAGACAAGAAAGAAAUUCAAAAAACAAAAAAGGCAUCAAAGUCAGAGAAAGAAGCAGCCCAUAAAUCAACCUUGAACAAGUUGAAAAGUGACGCAUCUCCCUCGCUAAGAAGAACCAUAGAACUGGCAGGAGAAAAGGAAGCAUCGAGCUGGUUAACUGUCUUGCCGAUCCAAAAUCAUGGAUUUCAUCUACCAAAGUGUGAAUUUAGAGAUGCCAUUUGUUUAAGGUAUGGGUUGUCAAUGAAGGGCGUUUCCUCAAAGUGCUCAUGCGGGUCAACAUUCAAUGUUGACCAUGCUAUGAUAUGCCCCAAAGGAGGAUUUCCAACUAUCAGGCAUAACGAAGUGAGGGACAUCACUGCAAAUUUGAUUAGUGAAGUAUGCUCGGAUGUGGCCAUCGAACCGAGGCUAAACUCCCUCUCAGGUGAAUGCCUACACAAUCGUACUGCCAACAGAGACGAAGAGGCACGGCUGGAUGUUUCGGCAAGAGGUGUAUGGCGUCGUGGUGAACGCGCAUUUUUCGAUAUUAGGGUGUUUUACCCCAACGCGCAAAGUUACCAGGAGAUGAUCUUACCCCAAAUCUUCCGGAACCAUGAACUUGAGAAGCAGAGAGCCUAUGGCGAGAGAGUCAGAGAGGUUGAAGGAAGUAGCUUCACUCCAUUGGUGUUGUCGUCAACUGGAGGCAUGGGAAGAGAAGCAAACACUUUCUACAAACGGCUAGCCAGCCUGAUCUCAGACAAACAGGACACUUCCUACAGUCAAACAAUGGCACUAAUACGAUGCAGACUGAGUUUUUCUCUACUACGAUCUGCAAUUCUUUGUGUUAGAGGGACGAGGUCAUCGAAGCGCCAUCCAGUACAUCUUGACUGUGUUGACAGCAUCGUCAGUGAGGCUCGCCUCAUUGUCUAAGAACUCUUUUAGAACUAGUAUAUUGCAUUAUUGGUACAAACUAUUGGAUUGUAUUCGAUGUUGACUGUUAGACAACUAGCCUGUAAUAGA